CACACACAGCGCUGCUGCUGGAACCGAGCGCAGUCACUUGUUACAGAUAUUUGCAGCUCGUCCUCGACGCUUUAGAGAAAUGCUGCAGCUGAAUGACAGCGUGGACCCUGAGAGCCCGGGUGCGGCUGUCCUUCACCCGGCGGACUGUGAUGAUGGGCUGGAUUUGGCCCGAGCUGGAGCCUCGGUGGCCUGCUGCACCCCGCUACAGACCCUCACGCCUUUCCAUGUCCACAACCCAACCAUGCGAGCCAGAGUCAAGGAUUAUUUCGUCUUUAGGCCAGGAACGAUAGAGCAGGCGGUCAAUGAUAUCCGCACGGUUGCCUUGCCUUCAGAAGAUGGAGAGGUUCUUAGCGUGUGGCUGCUAGCAGAAAUUGAUCACUGGAACAAUGAAAAAGAGAGACUGGUACUUAUAACUGAGAGGUCUUUGUUGGUGUGCAAAUAUGACUUCAUAAACCUCCAGUGUCAGCAGGUGGUCCGAAUUUCCCUGAACGCUGUGGACACGAUCUCAGUCGGCGAGUUUGAGUUUCCCCCCAAAUCCCUCAACAAGAGAGAGGGAACCGGUAUCCGUGUCCAGUGGGAUAAGCGACCAAGACCUUCGUUCAUAAACCGCUGGAACCCCUGGUCCACUGACGUACCCUACGCCACCUUCACCAAACACCCCAUGGCACACGCCGAUGAAAAGGUGGCCUCCCUCUGCCAGCUUGAGAAUUUCAAGACGCAGCUCGUCCAGGCUGUGAAAAAAGACCAUAAAGACUUCCCCAUCCCGGGACGAGCCAAUGGCGUGCUGAUACUGGAGCGGCCGCUCCUGAUCGAGACCUACCUGGGCAUCAUGUCCUUCUUCAACAAUGAAGCCAAACUGGGCUACGCCAUGACCAGGGGGAAAAUCGGCUUUUAACUCCUGAAAUCUCCCUCCAUCGCUCUCAUCCUCCAGUCAAGUGCUGUUUUUGAGUGAUACUGCUAUACUUGAGUAUGUGAGUCCAGUACAUGCUGCUUGUUUUGUUGUUUGGAUGGCGUGUGAAAUGUGCCCGGCGGUGAGACGUGUGGUCACUGCAGCAGGAUGUGCCUGGAUGAAGCCCUCUUCCUCUAUUCACAUGUAAAACAAAAGCCUUUCUAAUGAGGUUGAAUGGUUUGAAGAAGUUUGUUUGUGUUACUGGCAUGCUUUAUUGACCAUUGAAUAUUUGUAACAAAAAUUGUGGCAGUCGACUAGUUUGUAGGUUGACUGAAUGACUUAAGGAAGCCCUUUUCAGACGGUUUAGGGUUCACCUGACCCUGCUCUGCUGACUUUCUUAGGGGCCGUUCACACAGAAUGCAUCUAAAAACGCAGCACUCAGGAAGGGUUUUUUAUUUAAUUUUUUAAGUGCAGUGCUGAAUGCCUCCUCCGCCAUGCUGCCGUCAAAUAUAACACGCCAACUUGCUACUGUAAACACAAACUUGCAACGCUUGCUCCGCCUCCAGUGUCUUCUGAUUGGUCCACUGUUUGGAGCUUUAUUGAUGAGCGGCGCUGCGUGUUAAAUAAAAGCAAUAAGCCCCAAGAAGCCGUGAUUUACAGUGAAUUUAUAACCGC